UAUAAAAUGUCAUACUAUAAGCAAUAUUAUAGCAAUUGGCAAAACUACACAAAAUCCGGUUGGAAACGUCACCGCCGCAGCUCAAGCAGCAGUUCCCCAACUCCAUCGUCUCGUCGUUAUUCAAGUCACAAGUCGCCCAAUCACCAAUGGUCGUCACGUGGUCAAGCUCAGCCCUGUCGUUGCUUGGGCAUCUUUGGCCUGGACAGCUUUACAUCGGAGGACAAGUUACACAAAGUGUUUAGCAAGUUCGGACGCAUCGAACGCAUCCAAACGGUAAACUUUCUACAGACACGAAUCUCGCGCGGUUUUUGCUUUAUUUACUUUAAGAAUCUCAGUGAUGCACGGAGAGCCAAGGAAGCCUGCAAGGGAAUGGUGAUUGACGGUCAUAGCAUUCGUGCUGAUUAUUCCAUUAGCCAGCGUGCCCACUCCCCUACACCUGGUGUGUACAGGGGACGACCUUCAUACUUUGAAAUCACUCGGGAACGGAAGGUUCACAAGAGAGAAAUGAUACAUUGGUCUCCAAACAACAAAUACCACUCAACAGAGCAUUCCUAUUCAAAGCGACAAUAUCGUUCCCCAAAUGGUCGAAAUUCCAACAAGCAUUCAUUUCUACACGCAUAGAGCGAUGUUGGUAAAAAUAAAUGUAAAAUCAAAACCUA